AUGCUAAGUGAAGGAAACAAAGUUCAGGCCAUAGUUUUGGAUGAAGAUGUCUCCAAAUGCAAGAAAAUUGGCGGAUUGUUGAUAUUACGUCAUCAUAAGAGCUCCUCAGAAAACCUCACUUUUCGUUUCAAUAAGUUAUGCUAUCUUUCAUGGCAUGGUUUCUCUUACACUUCUUUGUCACUAUACAUAUGGUCUAAUCUUGCUGAAUUGAAUUUACCUAAUAGCAGCAUCCAACGACUAUGGGAUGGCAGCCAGGCAAUUCCAACCCUAAAAAGGAUGAAUCUGAGGAACUCGAGAAAUCUUAUAAUCACUCCUAACUUUGCAUGCUGCCGAGGACUUGUGCGGCUGGAUCUUACAAGAUGCACAAACCUAACUGAAGUCCAUGACUCAAUUGGACUUCUGAGAAAACUUGAUUACUUGAGUUUGCGAGAAUGUAGCAGUCUAGCCUUUCUUGAUUUCGGUACUAAUUGCCAGUUAAGUUCUCUAAGAACUCUACUGCUCUCUGGCUGCACCAACCUUAAGCGAACACCAGAUUUCACAGUGCUUUCAAAUCUUAGGUUCCUUGAUCUUGAGCGAUGUACAAGUUUGUCCAAAGUACACGAGUCUAUUGCUGCUCUUGCAAGGCUUAAGUACUUGAGCCUGAGAGGCUGCAAAAAUCUUGUUCAUGCACCUUACAUUCUCAAUGGCAGCUCGUCCCUCCUAAUUCUUGAUUUGAGCGGUUGCAUGAUGAUAACCAACCUUCCCGGCCGCAAAAGAAAAUUUGUGCAUUCCUCUUGUUUAAAAUCUUUCAUAUUUCUGAGUCCUGACUUCCUUGAGCCAAGAACUUUUGAUUUUUUUGGAGAGUUGAUGUUUCUCGAAGGGCUAAAUCCCGAGAAACAGAAUUUUAAUUCUGUAUUAGAUUGGAAGUGGCUUUGUUCUAAGCUAACAUAUUUAAACUUGGCACACUGUCAUGAGCUUACAAGAUUUCCCGAGGUUUCAUCUCGUGGUCUUCAUCAACGGCAUCCGCAACUCUCAAUGAUUCAAGAUUAUCUAUUUUCAGUUUCUACUGUGGGAAUGGCACUUGAUGGAAGAGGUAAAACAGAAUAUAAAGGAGGCCAAGGCGGAAGAAAAUAA